UCCAGGAUCUGUGCAGAGCUACUGACUCAUCUGCAGUUUGGAUUAUAAACGUUUUCUUCGUAACUGAACGUUUAACAGCAAUGAUGGCCUUUCUCCAGACCACCACUGCACCAUAUCUGGGCAGUAGUGUGGAGACAGCUCCCAGCAACCACACAUUCCCUUACAACAGUACAGAGGAGGAGUACUACGAGGACUACUACGAGGACGAGCACGCGGAGCUGAGAAAGUCGCUCAACAUCAUGUCCCUCAUAGUCUACUGCCUGGCCUUUGUGCUGGGGGUGCUGGGGAAUGGUGUGGUGAUCUGGGUGACGGGAUUCAAGAUGAAGAAAACAGUGAACACGGUGUGGUUCCUCAACCUGGCUGUCGCCGACUUCCUCUUCACCGCCUUCCUGCCCUUGAGUGUGGCCUACACAGCCAUGGGCUUCCACUGGCCCUUUGGCAAGUUCAUGUGCAAGCUCAACAGCACCCUGAGCUUCCUGAACAUGUUUGCCAGCGUCUACAUCCUGGUGGUGAUCAGCAUGGACCGCUGUGUGUCCGUGGUGCAUCCGGUCUGGGCCCAGAAUCACCGUAGCCCCCGCAAAGCAUCUGCGGUAAGCCUGGUUGUCUGGCUGCUCGCCCUGAUCCUCAGCGCCCCCUAUUUUGCCUUCCGGGAUACCGCACCCGCCUAUCACGAUGAGAACGUGAUCAACUGCUUCAACAACUUCGCGUUCUCGGAGGACUAUGAGACGCCUGCCGUGGUGGAGCUGAGGGCAUUCCGCCACCGGGCCAUGAUCAUCACCCGCUUUCUCUUGGGCUUUGUGGUCCCCUUCGCCAUCAUCGUCUGCUGUUACGCUGUUAUCAUCCACAGGCUUAAGAGGAACCGCUCUUUCUCUGGCCGCUCCGGGCGUCCCUUCAAGAUCAUCGCGGCCGUCAUCACCGCCUUCUUCCUGUGCUGGGCCCCCUACCACAUCCUGGUUCUGAUCGAGAUGGUCAGCCACAUGGCUGAGUACAACAGCACUCUCAAUCACAUCACCACCAUCGGCAUCCCCAUCGCCACCAGCCUGGCCUUUCUCAACAGCUGCCUCAACCCGCUGCUGUACGUUUUCAUGGGCCAGGACUUCAAGGACAAGGUGCGCAAGUCCAUCCUCACAGUGCUGGAGACGGCUUUCACCGAAGAGGUGUCCCGGUCCAACUCCCAUUCAAACUCCGUCAUCAACAGUCGCAGUAAGGAAAAGUCCUUUUCUGAUGCAGAAGUAUGAAUACCAGUGUUGGAGCCUGGAAUCCAGUAAAGGCAGUGGGAUCAUCACUCGACAUGCGAGAAACCCAUUACGUGGCUAUAUUUUAUGCACUGGAAUGGGGAUCAGGAUACGUUGGGCUAUAAACCCAGGGACUACAGUACUUCCAUACUCUCCAAGCAACAGGGUUGCAAAGGACUUCAUUUUAAGUUCAUCUCCAGAAAAGUGGAGUUUACUCGCUCUGAGAAAAGAGCAAAGUGAGUAUCAUCUCAUAAUUGUCAGGUGAUAGAGAAUUCUAACUGUG